AUGUCUAACUCAACACAGGUGUCACCGGCGGAUGCCGAAUUCUUUUACAUCUCUCUUCUCGGCAAUUAUAUCACCCUGUCGUCAAUCUCACUCUAUGUGUACGACGUACUCUCAACACUCCCCACAGAGGUGGUUACCGUCUGGACGAAGCCGUUGUCUGUUGCCUCUGCGAUGUAUAUCAUGAACAAAUACAGUUUCCUGCUGUAUGUCAUUGGCAAUUAUUUGAUGCUCUUCACGAGCAACAUCGCUUCUCCUGCUGGGUGCAAUGCGAUGGGAUAUAUCUUCAGUGUCCUCUCCUCUGUCUCUCGUGUCUUAACAAACAGUCUAUACGCGCUUCGAGUUUAUGCUCUUUACAACAGGCAUCGUGGAAUCCUGGCUAUCCUGGCCUUUCUGAUUAUAGCUCAGGCUACCCUCAAUGUGCUCAUCAAUAUAGGUCUUAGUUUUCACACAUCAACAGAUGAUCUCCUCACUACCGGUCUUGUCAGUGGGAUCAAUUCAUGCAUCUUCCUCUCUCGCAUCAUGCAAGUAGUCGGUUUCCUGACCCUCACUUACAGAUUGGACAUGGCGACAACCUUCCUCACUCUGAUCUUUGAUCUUGUCGUCUUUAUCCUGACACUGACUAAGACAUAUCGCCACAUCAAGGAUAUGCAAGAAUUCAAGCAGAUCAGCAUCGCAGAAGUGAUUUUGCGAGACGGAACGGCAUAUUUCUUGCUUUCUUUCCUGUGUGGUAGCGCUGCAGCAGUACUCUCCGUGUAUUCUGUCGCCACCCAGGAUAUGAGCUUGGGUUCAGGCGCCGCAUUCUUUCUAUUGCUGCAUCCGUACACGAUCAUGAUCCCAACAAUGCUCAUCAGCCGACUAUACCUAAAUCUGCGAACCUUCCAGGACGGCGAUAGUGACAACGCCGUGUCACCUCACGCGCACAGCGCACUCAAGUUCGCGUCGACUCGUAUACUCGGCAACAUCGGCGCUCCCUUGAAUAGCCUCGAUGGGUCCGAAGAGGAGCUUGAAUAUCCUGGCGACGGAGAGGUCGAUGAGCACCAUGUCAUUGGUGGUUCACAUGCCGAUUCGAAUGACCUCGGGAGGAGCUUGACCAUUGACAAUGGCGUGGCUCAGGACACGACUCUACUACCUGUGGUUUUCGGAAGGGAUGGACAAAAUGGCGGUCUUGAUAUCGAGAUGAUCCCUGGUCCAAGGCUCUAG